AUGCUGUCCAACCUCCUUGCCCGUGAGGCGGGCGACCUCAGCCCCCGAGACCUGACCCGCUCCGUCACGACAGAGCUUCUGGGCUCGUUUGCGCCCGCGCCUCAGCAUCGCUUCAAUGGCGAGAGGACCCCGAGGUCGGACCCGGCUGGCGUCGACGAGCGCGCCCACAACAUCCGCGCACAUCCCGCAGGUGUCAGCAGCCUCGCUCUUGAAAAGUUUGAUGGCCGUAUCCUCCUCUCGGGCGGCGCUGAGGGCGGCAUCAAGAUCUGGGACCUCGAGGCCUGCGCGAAUCCUCAUGCCCUCCACACGUUUCGUCCCGUGAGCAGCAUCGCGAGGUCCACGGACGACGGGAAAUUCCCAGGACACACUCACGGCAUCACGCACCUCGCCUUCUAUCCUUUCGAUCCGGACGCAUUCCUCUCGAGCUCGUACGACAAGAAGCUGAAGCUGUGGGCGACGCAGCGAUGCGCCCUCUCGGCCGUCUUUGACCUCAACGCGACGAUAUACUCCCACUCUACGAGUCCCAUCGCGGACCACCUCGUCGUCGCCUGCGCUACACAGCACUCCAACGUGCGCCUCGUCGACUUGAAGUCCGGGUCUGCGGUGCAGGCCUUGGUGGCUCAUGGUGGCCCUGUGCUGUCGACGGCGUGGAGUCCACGACACGAGCAUGUCCUCGCGAGUGGGCAUGCGGAUGGAAAAGUGCGAAUAUGGGAUAUUCGGCGUGCUGGCGGUGUAAUUGCGCAGCUCGACCAAGAAGACUCGCUUGGGAUUGUCCACAAGAUGAAUCAUGCUGCUGCGGCGGGAGUGGGCGAUCAAAUACCCCGGUUUAGAGCCUCUGCGCAAGCCCAUGAUGAUGCGGUAAAUGGCCUCCAGUGGACAGAUGAUGGUAAAUACAUCAUCUCAGCUGGCCUAGACCGUCGCAUUCGGGUCUGGGACGCUGCCACGGGAGCCAACACCCUCGCAAGCUUUGGCUCGCUCAUUCAGAAUCAACAUGCGAAGACUGCCAGCAUGUUGGUAUCACCGUCUAGCCUUUCAGCUGGGCAUGAGUUUCUCUUUUGGCCGAAUGACCAAGAGAUCCUCAUCCUCGAUCUUCAUGACGGCAAUAUGAUAACUCGACUCCGUAGUCCCGGCGUGACAAACCCCGUGGGUGCACGGGGAGGAGAGAUGGGUAGAAAUCGCAUAACGAGCAUCGUGUGGCGUGGAUCAGGUGGUAGCGGGCGUCAAGUUGGUGCUGUCAUGGGAGGCGGAAACUCGAUCGGUGCCAUAUACAGUUCCCACAUGGACGGACAGAUUCGGGCUUGGAUGCCUCAGAUUCCUGGUCCUGAUGACUUUGAUCAAGAGGAGGAAAUCGAAGAGGACGAGGAGGUAAGGAGGAAGAAGAGGAAGGCCGUUGACGACGCGUACAAGAGCCUCAUGGGAAAGAAGAUUACCUUUACAUAG